AUGGCAGCCUCCAUCGCGCCGGAAUGCAACGAAAUCAAAGAGAGAUACGACACUUGCUUUUUGAAGUGGUACAGUGAGAAAUACCUGCGUGGCAACACCACGUCAAAUGAGUGUGAGGAGCUGUUCGGUAAAUAUAAGAAAUGUCUGAAUAAAGUCCUCAAAGAGAGAGGCAUCGAUACGAUGCUUGAGGAUGCUCGCAAGAGCAGCAGCGAAACUGAUUCCGAGUUUCUCAGGAAAUCAUGA